AUGUUUCAAUUUCACUACUCAAAAGUCGAAUCGGCAAUGCUACACAUUUCACAAUUGAUCAAAGAAAACGGAUAUCCGAGUCGUUUCCCCUCGAUGACGAUCUCUCUCUAUGAUGGCGGAGUGGUGAAAGUGAAAAUCGCUGGUGUUGGCUUAAUGCACAUGUACAGUCAUCAUCCCGAUCAUCGAGUUGAAUGGAUUUUCUAUGGAGAGACGGCGAAAAAGGAGCGAAUUGCACGAACGGGACUCGAGGCGAUUAGAAAUGCAAUCAAAUUCAUCACUCGAAUUCGGAGUAAAAAGCUCGUCCUCGAUUUGUGGAAUCUUUCUGGAAUUGGCUCGUUGAGGGAAAUGGAGCUUGUCCAUCUGAUUCACGGUCUUCCCUUUCACAUCCCGAUCAUUCCCGAGAUUGUCGUCUCUUGCUAUAAAGUGUUAAAGAAGUUUCUUCAGCUAACUGAGGGACGAUUUCGGGGAUCGGCGCUGAUCAUUUGGAAAACGGAAAGCGAUUUCCCAAAGUUGGCCGACGAAACGAGAGAGGCGAAUAAAUUCUGCUGUUGUCGUCGUCAGAUCUGUGAUCGUAGCCAGGAAUCGAUUCAGAAAAUCUUGACCAUUUCACAAAUUCAAUUAAUCAACAAUUUGCAUUUAUCCUGCAAUCUUUAUCCGGUGCCGAUGAGCUGUGAAAUGCUGGCGAGACAUCGAUUUUUCGAUAUUUCCCAUCCGGAAACGAGUUUUGUGAUGGAAAUCGUGCAGAAGCUCAUCAAUUUCGAAUUCUCCAUCGACAAUUCUCCAACGCCGAGAGUGUUGAGUUUUCGAAAUUGCGAUGAAACAAGUAGUAUUGAGCAGCUUUUUGAGAAACAUGGCUUCUCAUCCACUCAAAUCUCAAGCUCUCCAGAUCCAAAUUUCCACCAUCACAUCACUCGUUAUCGAUUGUACAAAGUAAAAGAUAAUAGCUUCACUUCAAUAUUGAUUAGUGAUCCAAAAAUCGAUUCUGAUGAUAUUAAAUCAAAAGAUUUGGCAAUCAUCUGUCUAAUCAAUCAGGAAAUUGAGGAGAACGAGAUCUUUGCUCGUUUACCUUUUCUGCAUUUGUGUCAACCCGAUUUUCACCUGCCGAUUGCUUCAAUA